AUGAAAUAUGCGCAGCAAGUGAGAAACUUCACCGAUGCGCUGGAGAGCGAAGCGCACAAGUUUGCAACGACGAGUCUCGGGCGCCACCUCAUCUAUGACGGGCUCCAGAAGGUCGAUAAGGCUCAUCAGCUCGUCAACCAGUACAUGUUCAACCCAGUCACCUUAUGGUUUAUCUACACCAGCUGCGUUUUCUACUGGAGAGUCCCUCAGUACGACGUCACGCCCUGGUCCAGGCGACUGUGGGAAUCGUACGGCCUGAAGCCUGGGACGAAUCUUAGGCAAUGGAUUCGAAGGAGGAACCCGAUCAAACCGGAAUCCAGUUCGAGCUCCUCCAUCACUCAAGCGCGACGAGUAUGGAGGAAGAGCCAUGCGACCGACGUGUUGAACAGAUGCGAAUGGAGGGAGCGUUUUGCUCACAGGAUAAUGCCGGCGAGAGAGAGAGGCAUCGACCACGCCUCCUGGUUUACGUGCAAUUCAACUUUCAUGUACAACUCGACUUUAGCACACAACGUGACUUUUUCGGAUAACACGACCUUUUCAUACGGCGGCAACAAGAAUAACUUAAUGUUUUUACCACCUGCCCGGCCUCAUUCAGCUGCACCAAAGGGGAAGAACAAGGUCAGAAGGCGACCAGGCAAGGAGAGCGAUCGGCAAUUCACUCCGCAGACCAUCAACGUGACGGAGCUGGUUCGGCAGGUGCAGGCAGACAAAGAGGAGGCUCCUGGCGGGAAUCGGCAGAGCACCAGCCUCGAGUCCCUUGAUGCGGAGAGAGUCGACGUGAUGCGGAUGCAGUGGGAGAGGGGUGUGAAAGCUUCCACGGCGUCACGGCGAACGAAGGCGAGCGGGGCGAGGGCGGCAGGUCUCGGCCCGAACCAGAAACCCCCCUUCCGCUUCGAAGAGGACGGGGUGGUGAUAUUGACGGGAAUGGAAGCUGGCGAUGGUGAUGGGGGGGUUCGUUACUGCAACCAAACACAGCGGUGCCAGGAGCCGCUCAAGCGUCUGAUCAUCAUCUGGAUCAAGAGGGAGGUGAUCCCGCUGUGCAGGGAGAGUUGCUCACGAAGUUGCCAACGCCCCGAGCUCGUCUGCACCGUCGAGGUGGUCAAACUCGUGCUCCAGUUGCAACUGUGGAACGGAUACAAGGAGUUUCAGGCGUACAUCAAUAAGCGAGAGAAGAACAAGGCCACCGGCAAUGUCACGUCGGCCGAGACGAGGCCGGGGUACAAGAAAGGUGUCGUCGAGCCGGCAGGUUGA